UCCAUUUUCUCGCUUUAAAUUUUAAAAUAUAAAUUAUUUAUACAAUAUCAUAAGAUAACGGCUAUAAGUAAAUCUGUUAAAUCAAAUCAAGCUGCAAUGAAACUGUAAUCUUGAUUGAAGAAUGUCUGCGUUACAAAAAAGUGUGUUAAAAAGCAAGUUACCUCCAAGAAUGCCCAAAACAUCUGCGGGCUCCAAGCUGGCUCCAUUCGGGGCGUCGCGGCGCAAAGAUUACACUCCGGUUUCCUGGAAUAAGUAUUACGAGAAGUUUGCGGACGUUGAGACGGAGGACGGGACGUUUAGAGUGUACACAUCGCCGGAGCCGGACCGGCCGGACAGACCGCGCAUCGUCACGCUCCACGGCGGUGGAUACUCCGCUUUGAGCUGGGCAUUGUUUACAGAGGAAAUCACAAAUUUGAUCCAUUGUCAGGUUGUGUCAAUGGAUAUCAGAGGUCAUGGGGAAACCAAGGCUAAAGACCCAGAUGACUUAAACAUUGACACAUUAGUAAAAGAUGUAGAACAAGUCCUGAAGAAGUUGUUUGGGGGUGAGAUGCCACCCAUAAUCUUGCUUGGUCACUCAAUGGGCGGAGCUAUAGCGGUGCGGACGGCACACUCCCCCCUGUUGGAGCCUUACAUACAGGGCCUUGCUGUUAUUGAUGUGGUGGAAGGCACGGCAAUGGAAGCACUAGCGAGCAUGCAGAGUUUUCUCCGUAGCAGGCCAACACAUUUCAAAAGUAUUGGACAUGCUAUAGAGUGGUGUAUAAGAAGUGGACAAGUGAGGAAUCUGGAAUCGGCCAAGGUGUCCAUGCCAAGUCAGAUCAUUAAUUGCAAGACCGACCAGCUAGCCACCAACGAGGUGGAGGACUAUGUGAGCGAUGAUUCGUCCGGGCCGGGCGUGGAGCACAGACCGGACGCUAUUCUGGAGGAGAGCGAUGGCUCGGAGGGAGAUGUGCCCUUUGCUAAACCCAGCCCCGUGGAUAGCAGUAAUAUGAGGUACCGCUGGCGCGUGGACCUGUCCCGCACGGAGUCCCACUGGGCGGGCUGGUUCCGCGGUCUGUCGGCGGCGUUCCUCGCCGCGCGCGCGCCGCGACUGCUGUUGCUGGCCAGCGUCGAUGGACUGGACAGAGAGCUCACUGUUGGGCAGAUGCAAGGCAAAUUUCAAAUGCGGGUACUGACGCGAUGCGGCCAUGCGGUGCAGGAGGACGCUCCGGGAGAGGUGGCGAGGGUUUUAGCUGCGUUCGCGAUUCGCCACCAACUGACGGAGCCAACUGAGGAAGGGAUGGGGCUUUCGCUGUCGUGCGCUCCUGGCUGCUAAAUUUUAUUUAAAAAAAAAACGGAUCUAUGGUCCUGUCAAAGUAUUUUUUAUCUUUGAGAAUGAAUGUGUCGACAGCAUAUGACAUAAUAUAAGUCUUUAGAAACCCAAGCGUAAGUUCCGAAUUGACAUGUAUCCGACUCUAUAUUGGACUAUCAGAGAAGUUGAUUCAUAGGUAGUAGACGUCACGAAAACUGAACAGUAUACUGGGUUAUAUUUUAGAACAUACCCAAAGCCUUGUCAAACUCUGAACACGCCGUGUACAUGAAGAGGCUAGAGCCCGUUCAGACUUAUUAUACCUCUGAAUUUCCUAAGAAAUUACUUUUAUGGCGUUUGCAUAAGGCCAUGUAAAUAAUAUAUCUAUGACAGUUACUAUAACAAUAAUUGCUAGUGGAUGACAUUGUCAUAGUUAGUUUUUAUUUUGGCCACACAAUGCAAAGCAAAACAGUACUGAUAUUGAGAGAGAGUGAAACAACUAUCGCUCAUUUUACAAUGGUGGCAUUACAAGCCUAAAACCCGCAGUUGUCAAUGAUCUAUAUUUGUAUAGAAUAUAAAUAUUCAAAGAGGCAUUUUAACUGUAAAUUGAGACUAUUGUUGUAAUAAUAAUUAUUGGUAGCCUUAUUUUAAAAUUCGAACAGUAAUAAAUUAUUUUAAUCG